AUGAGCAGUGGAGCCGGAAAGAUCGUGUGCGUGACUGGAGCCUCGGGCUACAUAGCUUCUUGGCUUGUCAAGCUCCUUCUCUCACGUGGUUACACUGUCAAGGCCUCUGUUCGUGACCCAAAUGAUCCCAGAAAGACAGAACAUUUACGUGCACUUGGUGGAGCUAAGGAGAGACUUCAGCUGUUCAAAGCAAAUUUAUUGGAAGAAGGUUCCUUUGAUUCUAUUGUUGAAGGCUGUGAAGGUGUUUUCCACACUGCAUCUCCUUUUUAUAAUGAUGUCAAGGACCCACAGGAAGAAUCUCAGAUGGUUCCCCAAUAUAGCAUGUACCAUCUAUCUCCUCUAGAAGGCAUGGUUCAGGCACUUCAUUGGUCAAGACUCUUUCAUGAAUUUUCAGAUAUUGAAGCAGAGUUGCUUGAUCCUGCAGUGAAAGGAACACUCAAUGUUCUUGGCUCCUGUGCAAAACACUCCUCAAUCAAACGAGUUGUUUUAACAUCUUCCGUUGCUGCAGUUGUUUGUAAUAGGAAGCCUCGAACCCCAGAUGUAGUAGUGGAUGAAACUUGGUUUUCUGAUCCGGACCUAUGUAGAGAAUCUAAGAAAGUUAAGAGGUUAGCAGAAUAUCAAAUUAUAAUGUGUAGAAAUACAGAGAAAAUAGUGAUGGAGAGAUGCAAGGACAGAAUUGUCUUUACUGUUCUCACAUUGGAUAUGGAAACUCCUUUUGAAGAUGAAUUGAAUCUAAAUGGCAUUACGAAUCUAUCUUUUAUUGCUUCUGCUACUAACUUGGAACAUUUUUACUGUACUUUGGCUGAGGAUGCUGCAUGGAAAUUUGCAAAAGAAAAGGGUAUGGACAUGGUUGCAAUAAAUCCAGCAAUGGUAAUUGGCCCUCUCUUGCAGCCAACACUAAAUACAAGUGCUGCAACAAUUUUAAGCCUAAUGAAAGGAGCACAAACCUUCCCCAAUGCAUCUUUUGGAUGGGUAAAUGUUAAAGAUGUUGCCAAUGCACACAUUCAAGCAUUUGAGCUGUCAUCAGCUAGUGGGAGAUAUUGUUUGGUUGAGAGAGUGGCACACUACUCAGAAAUAGUAAAGAUUCUGCAUGAGCUUUACCCUGAUGUACAACUUCCGGAAAAGUGUGCGGAUGAUGAGCCAUAUGUGCCGAUCUUUCAGGUUUCCAAGGAAAAAGCAAAAAGCUUGGGUAUUGAAUUCAUUUCUUUGGAAGAAAGCGUUAAGGAAACAGUUGAAAGCUUGAAGGAGAAAGGAUUUGUCAGUUUUUAA